GUAAUUUGACACUUCAACUUACUGCGCUCUCUCCUAGUUGAUUCAGUUACUCACCCACUGACGUUGAGCCCAUUCUCAGUGGCUGUGAGGGGGGAAGAUAUUUAAAAACAAGAGCCGAAAAUUACCGAGGACUUUCUCUGCUUAAUAAUCCGGGAUAGAAGACAGGAGGUGCUGGAGUGUGUCUCUUCCUAGCGUGUGAAUGGGUGGGGGGGUCCUUCGUGGUGAAGAAUCCAGGAUUGAAGUCAACAUAGAACGCUCCAGUUUAAUGGCUGGCAGGUAGAGGCCAAAGAGGGACAAUCAACAUGAACUCAAUACCGUCGAUGGACAGACACAUACAGCAGACCAAUGACCGUCUGCUAUGUAUCAAACAGCACUUACAAAACCCAGCAAAUUUCCAAACGGCAGCAACCGAGCUGCUAGACUGGUGUGGCGACCCCCGAGCCUUCCAGCGUCCCUUCGAGCAAAGCCUGAUGGGAUGCCUAACGGUGGUGAGCCGCGUAGCCGCACAGCAAGGCUUUGACUUGGACCUGGGCUAUCGGCUCCUGGCUGUGUGCGCUGCCAACAGGGACAAGUUCACUCCAAAAUCAGCAGCUCUGCUGUCUUCCUGGUGUGAGGAGCUGGGACGCCUCCUUCUCCUCCGUCACCAGAAGAACAGGCAGAACGAGCCUCCGGGAAAAGUGCCCAUGCAGCCCCCCAUGAGCUCCAUGAAGCCAAGCCUCUCACACGGAGAUGGGUCCUUUCCCUACGACUCGGUUCCCUGGCAACAGAACACCAAUCAGCCUCCAGGUUCCUUGUCUGUUGUGACGACUGUCUGGGGCGUGACCAACACCUCUCAGAGCCAGGUUCUGGGGAAUCCCAUGGCAAACAACAACAAUCCCAUGAACCCUGGGGGCAACCCCAUGGGCUCAGGUAUGUCUGGUAACAAUCCAGGGAUGAACUCACCCCAGUUCCCUGGACCUCAGCAGCAGUUCCCUAACAAAGGAAACUCCAACCAGGGCUACAUGCAGCAGAGCAUGUACGGGCGGCCAAACUACCCUGGUGGAGGAGGCUUUGGUGGCAAUUACCCUGGAGGGCCUAAUGCUGGACCUGGUGGUAUGGGCAUCCCUCCACACUCACGUCCUCCAUCGGACUUCACCCAGCCUGCUGCUGCUGCCGCUGCUGCCGCAGUUGCCGCUGCUGCUGCCACGGCAACCGCCACUGCCACAGCAACUGUGGCCGCCCUGCAGGAAACGCAGAACAAGGACAUGAACCAGUAUGGACCGAUGAGUUCCUCUUUCCAGAUGGGACCAAACCAGGCAUACAACAGCCAGUUCAUGAACCAGCCAGGGCCCCGUGGUCCUCCAUCCCUCCCUGGGAACAUGGGCACAGGCAUGAAUGCUUCCAACAUGAGUGGCCCACCCAUGGGAAUGAACCAGCCCAGGGGCCAAGGCAUGGGGCCGUUUGGGGCCCAUGGCCAAAGGAUGCCCCAGCAAGGCUAUGCAGGACCUCGGCCUCAGGGCAUGGGUAUGCAGGGCAUGAAAAGACCCUACCCAGGGGAGCCAAACUAUGGUGGGCAGCAGUAUGGACCAAACAACCAGUUCCCUAACCAGCAGGGGCAGUACCCCACACCCAACACCUCCAGGCCACUGCCGUCCCCUAAUUACCCCGGCCAGAGGAUGCCAGGACAGCAGAUACAAGGCCAGUACCCCCCACCCAGUGGUGCCAUGGGCCAGUACUACAAGCAAGAGCCACCUUUCAAUGGCCAAACCAAUAACUUUACUGGGACUGGAUAUCAAUAUAGCCAGGGCAACAUGAAUGGGCCACCCAGACCAGUGGGCAACUACCCCCACUCCCCAGUGCCAGGCAAUCCUACUCCUCCAAUGACCCCAGGAAGUAAUAUCCCUCCAUACCUGUCGCCAAACCAAGAUGUCAAGCCCCCUUUCCCUCCAGAUAUCAAACCAAAUAUCACUGCACUUCCUCCUCCUCCAGCCAACCCCAAUGAGGAGUUGCGCCUGACGUUCCCAGUUCGGGAUGGGGUGGUCCUGGAACCCUUCAGGCUAGAGCAUAACCUGGCUGUCAGCAACCACGUCUUCCACUUACGGCCCUCUGUACACCAGACACUCAUGUGGAGAUCGGAUCUGGAGCUGCAGUUCAAGUGCUACCAUCAUGAAGACCGUCAGAUGAACACCAACUGGCCAGCAUCAGUCCAAGUCAGCGUCAACGCCACACCCCUCACCAUUGAGCGGGGCGACAAUAAAACCUCUCACAAACCCCUGCACCUGAAACAUGUGUGUCAGCCAGGAAGAAACACCAUUCAGAUCACGGUCACUGCCUGCUGCUGUUCGCACUUGUUUGUGCUGCAGCUGGUCCACAGGCCCUCGGUUCGCUCUGUACUCCAGGGUUUACUGAAGAAAAGGCUUCUGCCUGCAGAGCACUGUAUCACCAAAGUCAAGAGGAAUUUCAGCAGCGUAGCAGCAUCGUCAGGCAAUGCCACUCUCAAUGGAGAGGAUGGCGUGGAGCAGACAGCCAUCAAGGUCUCCCUCAAAUGUCCAAUCACUUUCCGGCGGAUACAGCUUCCAGCAAGAGGCCAUGACUGCAAACACGUCCAGUGUUUCGAUUUGGAAUCAUAUUUACAACUGAAUUGUGAACGGGGCACGUGGCGAUGUCCUGUAUGCAAUAAAACAGCAUUGUUAGAAGGACUCGAAGUGGACCAGUACAUGUGGGGAAUCUUGAAUGCCAUCCAAAACUCGGAAUUUGAGGAGGUGACUAUUGACCCGACGUGUAGUUGGCGGCCGGUGGCUAUCAAAUCUGAUAUCCACAUUAAGGAGGAUCCAGACGGACCACUGGCUAAGAGAUUUAAGACCAUGAGUCCCAGCCAGAUGAUCAUGCCUAAUGUGAUGGAGAUGAUAGCACAGCUUGGCCCUGGCCCCUCACCGUACCCAUCACUCCCUGCUCAGCAAGGGGGCAACAAUGAAUACGGCAGCCAAGGCAACAGUUACCAGGGACACGGGAACUUUGACUUCCCACACGGCAACCCUGGUGGUACAUCAAUGAAUGAUUUCAUGCAUGGUCCCCAGCUGUCCCACCCACCAGACAUGCCCAACAACAUGAUGACCCAAGACAAGCCACUCUCCCACAACAUGCCUGACUCAGACCUGGUUCAUGUACAAUUGGGCAGCGUGAACCUAAACAAAGUGAAUGCAAAAAUCCAACAAAGCAAACUUUUCCAGUGUGGCUCCUACCAAAGAAAACAAAAUAUACCUCAUCCUGCCGGCACUGACCAGUCGCAUAGCUCAAUGCAGCAGGGCUUACACGCCUCUCCCCACCCUGGGAACCAAUCAGGGCAGCAGCUACACCACAGCGGCCCCCCUCAGCCCUCGCGACAGGCUCCACCCCCUCAGCAACAGCAACAACAGCAGCAACCGCAGCCGGGCCCUAACAACCAUCCACACGGCGACCUGGCCUUCAACCCCGCCAACAGCUUGGACAGCCAGGCAGGGUCGGACAUGCCUGAGCCUUCUUUAGAUCUUCUUCCAGAGCUUGCCAACCCAGACGAGCUGUUGUCCUACCUGGAUCCCCCGGACCUCCCCAGCAAUAGCAACGACGACCUUCUCUCGCUCUUCGAAAACAACUGAGGCGAUUCAGACACACACAAAUAUAAACUUUUCUGACUGCCUGCCGUUUUCCCGAGACCCAGGGCAGUCGCCCAGUACUUGAUAAACACAAAGAUGCACUCCCUUUCUCUUCUUCCUCUUGUACAGUUUUCAUUCGCCAGCGCAGAUUGACUGAAAGAGGUUCAAACUCAAACACACGGCGGUAUGCGAGGUCAGCCUGCCCUCUUGCCCUGUGGCGAUACCUUUGAACUGUGCAGCUAUAUUCAGUUGAUUUUUUUAUGCCACACAGGUGUAUGUGUGCACAUUAGGAAAGUGUUGUAGCAUUUUUUAUUCAUAUUUUGUUUCCUUUGAGAAGAAAAGGAACCCAUUGUAUAAAACAGAAAAAUAACUGAAAAAACAUGCGCUAUCUGGCCAGUGUGCAUUAUGUCCAUAUUGUUAUUCCAAUCUGAGAGGCCACAGCUUCCCAGUGUCACAGCUCCUUUCCCAGACUGGUUAGUAGCACUGUUUUGUCUGCCACACAUCAUUUAAAAGCACAAGAGAUUAUGGCAAUGCAAAAAGAAAUAAAUAUCUCUAUUUACAGAAGGAAACAAGUGACAUGAUCAAUUAGAAAGCUCAGCUUUUGUCUGUCCUCAAAAUGUUUUUUUUUUUUUUUUUUUAUAACUUUUUUGCUAUUCCCUCAAGACUUUAAAAAGAUUUUUGGGGAAUGAUCGGCUUCCACUUUGUCUACAAUUAUUAUUGUGAUAUAUAUAUAUUUUUGUCAAAAAGAGAUAUCCCUGCUUUUCAGUCCUCUUAGGGUUGACAGCUGGAAUGGAGAGGAUUUUGGCCUGCCAUCUCCCGAGAGAGGCAAAAACAAACACUGUGUUUGUACUGCAAACCAAGAAUAGCAUAAUUGUACUUCUACUCAUUGUAUAGUUAUCAUCCUCUUUUCAUAGGGGAGUGAUAUUCAUGGAAAAGGAAGGUACAAUACGAGAGAAUGGGGUUCCUAUGACUAUCCUGCUGCGUUUGUUGCUUCUAGCUAGAACUCCUUCCAUGCUGUCUGCUCUGCAUGAGCCCAGCGUUGCUCGUGUCAGCAUUUUUGCAAUGUUGCAUCUCUCUCCCUGUUAAAUGAUGUACUGUUUAAGUAGUCUACAAAGUGCAUGUGUGCCAAGCCCUAGUCUAGUGAUAUUCCAAGUGGUAAAAGAUGGUGUGGUUUUAUCAGUUGCUGUUUCCACAGCCCUUUGUUUGUAUGUUUGUUUUUCAUUUCUGUCUGAUUUAGUAUGAUUUAUUUAACACUAACAUUGAAGGGAUAAUGCUGAUAUCAGCAGUACAUUUAUCAUGUAUUUGCUGGUGAUAUUGUGUUUGUGUUGAUUUUUUUCUCCUCUUUUUUUUUUUUUUUUUUUUUUGCUGCAAAAUUAAACUAUCCAUAAAUCUUUGGGAAACUGCUCAACAUCACCAAAGUCGGGGGGAUGAGAGUGGAGAUGUUUGUGUUUGCUCGUUUCUGUAUGGCUGUAUGUGUGUGUGCGCGUGCAUAUCUGAGUGUGAGUGUGUGAGUGUGUGUUUGUGUGUGUGUGUGUGUGUGUGUGUGUGUGUGUGUGUGUGUGAGACACUGCUGGUGUGAUAGGAGGUAACACCCAUUUCAAAGAUACAGGGGAAGACAAGUACAGUAUCCAUCACUACUGUUCAAGAUGUGGUUUUUAAAAGCAGUAUUGGAGCAGACCUUUUGCCACAUUUGUUUUCAAUUUCACUUAUUUGAGAAGAGUGCUGUUCAGUAUGCAAAUGUAUUAUUUUUUAAGAAAAGCUAUUGUACUGUAAAUAUCAUUGUGAAUAUUUUUGUAUCAUCUUGAUAAUGUUUGUCCUUUCAUAAGUAGUCGUCCAUCCUAACCAUGUAUGCUCCCAAACUCCAUCUGACCACUGACUUUGUUUGUAACCAGCAUACAAUAAUGUUUCUUCUCUGCUGACCGCUGGGCAAGCCAGUCCAAAUGUCUCAUAAGCUAUUUCCUGCAGGUCAUUGUGCUUUCCAUUCACUGCUCCCCCAGUGCACUCAGUAAGGAUCUAUAGUUAUCGACAGAUGUCUCACUCUGUCGCUGUUUUUCCAUGGUCCCCAUCCCGGCGUCACACCAAGACGGUCAUGUCAUCUAAUUUCAAAUUUCAAAUGUCAAGCUCAGCUCAAAGCAAUAUUUUCUUUAAUGCUCAGACGUAUUCAAAUGAAAAUGAUCAAUGUUGUCUAUUCAUGAAUUUAACAUUUUAUCAGUAAUGAUGAACAAUAAUGGCUUCAAAAGCUGUGGUAGCAGCUGGCUUUCAGUGUAAUUAGUCAACCAUGUGAAUAUCAUAAUUGUUGCUAAUUGUCAAUACACGAGUGGUAUUUUAAAGAAAUUCACAAUAUUGUUUUUAUUUUUGUUAUAGAAAAUGUGGCUUUUUUAAAAAAGCUUGAGACAUAUACAUUUUUUAUCCCAAUUUUGUUUCUUUUUUUUUUCUUUUGGUAAAUUAUUUUGUACUGGUUUUCUCUCCUAUUAAACUGUAAGGUUAGAUAUAUGUAAUUUCUUUCAUCUGUAGCAAUGUGCUGAUGAGAAACACCUUGGUUAUGUUAACAUUAUUUUAAACUUCAUUAUGUUUUCGAAAUAUGAUUUGCUCCAGCACAACACGGCGACGUGUUUUUUCCUUCAUAUUUAAGUUGCAGAGAUGUCAGCCUCACACCGGUGAAAUCCAAACGUCAUCAUUUAACAGUACACUGCCACAUUGGUUGUUUUUCGCUCUCUGAAUUGAAACCUUCGAUCAAUCCCAUGGAAAUAGCGAUCAUUUCACAUAUUGUUCUUUACAUAUGAGCCAAUUUUGUGUAUUAGGCAGCACCCCAAAUCUGUAGUUGCACAAUCAUGAUAAAGGGCCAUUUCUCUGGGGGAAGUUGUUAAAAAAUAGAAAAAUAAAAAAAAAUAAAAAUACUGAGAGGAAGGGCACGUUCAUCUAUUAAGGCCUAGGGAGGAUCUUUUGGGCAAGGCUAGGUCAAAGUGGGUAAACGUCCCAAGGAUGCCUGUAUAUAUGUAAAUGAUUAUAGAGACAUGUGAACAGAAAUGUAUUCAUUUUCCCUGGGAAUGUGCAUUGUUUCUUCAGAAUAAUAAAAAGCUUGCAACCCCUCUACUGGAAGUGGCUGAAUAUGGAAAAUGAAACUUGUUAGUUAGUGUCUGUGGGUAUCUCAGCAUUUUGUUCCCCCUCUGUAAUAUACUUUGACCUCUUUUGUUAGGGGAACUGGGACAGCUCUGUUUUACAUGUAAUAUUUAGCCUAAGUGUUCUAGUCUGUCACCUGCAUACUCUGAGGUGCUAAACUUAAAAAAAAAAAAGAAAAAAAGUUACAAAGAAAAUACUGGGGGACGGUUGGAGGGGUGGGAGAAAGGCGUCUUCGCUGGGAGGGAUGGGUCCAGAAGAUUGUAACCAAAUCCAUAGUUUGUACAAUUUUUGAUAUCAUGAGCAGAUGGAAAGAAAAAAAAAUGGUACAAUCUAAGGUGAUUCAUGCAAUGUGGCCAUUGUCUCUAUGUUUGUACAUUGUAUGUACAAUCAUUUCAUAUUUUAAACUGGUCAGAAAAUAAAGGAACUAAUUGUGAUUUUUAGUCUUGCAGAAUUGUAUGUAGUUAGAUGAUGUGACAACCUAAUAUUUAUCUAAUAAAUAUGUAUUCAGAUGAUACCUGUA